UCCUAGGCGAGUGUCAGAGUCCGACCAUGAAGCCGUGUGAAACCUUCCAUGAGUAUCACGAACAGUCACCAAAAUCCGCGAUGAAAAAUGGCCUCCUGUCCGAAUCGUAGUUUGAGUGAAAGUGCGCGAACGAUUACACCAGGAUAAUCCUACAAUUCUCCGGGGAUCGCAUCACCACAUGAUGUCACUUCUAAGUGUGACAGUUAAGAAAGCCCGUUAUGUUGGAAUUCAAGCACAACAAUUCAACACAUAUGCUACAUUGAAACUACAAAACGUUAAAUCGACCACAGUAACUGUUAAAGGAGCGACACCAUGUUGGGAGCAAGAUUUUCUUUUUGAAACCAACAAUCUUGAUACAGGUUUGCUGAUAGAAGUGUGGAAUAAAGGAAUGAUUUGGGACCGAGCUAUAGGAUACCAUUGGAUACCGCUUCAAACGAUAACCUAUUCAAACGAGGAAGGAAAUGGUCAAUGGAGGUCUCUGGAUGCUGAGCUGGUUAUGAGAGAUGGAGAAGUAGUAGGUACGAAAAUGGCAACUGGUCAUAACCUCCUUGUUGACUGUCGAUUCGAAUUACCAUUUGAUCCAGAAAAUAUCGAGGCCAUGGAUUUACAAAGAAAAUUGGAAAUGCUGAACAAUAUCAUGGACCAAGAGGGAAGAAUAGAUAAUUAUCGUAGACAAAUACAAUACCUUGGACAUUCGCAUGAUAAUCACUUUGAAAAUGACAUUUCAGCGGGGUACUCGGAGGACAGCGACUACACGUCCGAUCUCAACUACCCCGUAGGUCAGCACGCCAAUUCUUCAGCUUCACAGUUCCGAUCGGCAGCCUAUCAGAUCAACACUCCACAACGGUCUCUAGAAACAUCCAGAGAAAAUUCUUCUGAGCGUGCAGACACUCCCAAUGCCCACAACCAACAAAUGUUGAGUUUGUCUCAGAACCACCAGCAGCACCUCAGUCCCGAUGUUUAUAGGCGGUACCACCAGCAAUCUUCGAACGUGGAUAAUAGCAGUCCUUAUAAAUCAACGUACCGAGGACCGUCACGACAGUACCAAGAAAACAACACGGAUUCUGAACCUUUGUUCUAUAACAGCCGACCGCCGAACAAGUCCAAUUACUCAAGUCGCCAGACAUGGACCAGUUGUGAAAGUGGAACUUUCAACAAAAGCGGUGAUAGUUUUGAUGCCGGUUAUUUCAUGGACCCUAAUGACAUACCACCCCAGACGACAAAAUAUCCUAAAGCUGGUCGCAGACCUAGUUUAGAAAGGCAGUCAACGUUGUAUGACGAUUACAGUUUUUGCGAAUAUCCCAGUUAUCAGAUGAAUUCAGAACUUAGCAGGUACCACUCUCUCGACCAAAAACCCAGCAUCGACGAAUACUACGACGUCCUACCAUAUUCCUUUCAGAACGAGAGAUUCGACCAGGAAGAAGAAGACCGUCAAUGGGACAGCGGAGGGUUCGAACCUUACCCUCCACCACCGAAACCGAAAACCUCCAAGAAACUCCCUUCGAUACCAGCACUGAAAAACCUCACGAACAAACCACGCCUUUGCAAUAACGUCAGCUCCGUAUACGACGAACCCGUUCGGCCAAUGUCGAAGGGACGCAGAAUGAUGCCGCAGAUACCGACAAAGAAGGCGUCAUGGCGACAACUUCCCCAACCCAGCCACGAAAUUUCCGACGGGAUCCGAACUCCCGAAUCCUAUUCCCACAGAGGGGCCAGCCUUCCUCCAACGCCCACUAAGAACGCUAAGGCGGUGGGGCGUUUUUCUCAGAACAUACUAGGAAACUUCAGAUCGGCCACCCCCGGUCGUCAGCUCCCCAGGCCAAAUAAUGACCUUUCCAGCCCGAGAACGAAAAGAAACAAGCUCAUGAAGAGGACAAGUUCCGCAGAUUACGCAGAUGAUGCUGCGGAAAAUUAUUACGCUCAGCUCGGCACCCUCAGCGCAAUGGAGAACUACAAUGAAGACUAUAAUUAUGCAUAUCAAAGUAACGAUAAUCUACUGGCAGAACAGGAGACAGAUAUCUACUCGAUGGCGAGCGUCAUCAACGAGAUUGGCACCGUCAACGCCAACUACUUGCAAAGAAACAGUUAUCCGUUGCAGGACGAUUACUAUAGAAGUGCUCAAAGUAACGAUUACAAUCACAAGUAUUACAACGUAGACGUGCCGGUGGUUCCGCAGCGAAAAAAACCAUUAGGCGAUCACGACGUAAGUCAACUCGUUCAACAAAACACGGAUAGUUUAGAAUCUCGCGACGACGAGUUGAAGGACUCUUUCGAAACUCCCGUUUCAUCGAUGAGCAGCUCGUUGCAGCAAAUCAAGUCGACACAGUACCAGGAGGGUACCGGCGAUGCACACAACGUGGACAUAGCACAGAAAAACAUUCUGAAUUCAACACCACACACAGGGGACCAGCACCAAUUCAGAGCAAUAGAUAUUACAUCGCUGCCUAGCCUUACAGUAGCUCAAGUGCACAAUCAUAAUAGUUUAGCGGAAAACGGACAGAGCAAAGGGUUUUUGAAGCAGCAGAAUUGCGUUGACACCAGCUAUUAUAUACAGAAUCAGUUGGAGAGCCAGACAGACAUAAAAGUUGUCGAAUAUAAUGGCACCGUUCCGGAAGAGGCUUACUUGGAAAUUCAAGAGUCUGUAGAAAGUUAUGUAGAGGAAGAGACUGAAGGAAGUGUUGCCUACGGUCCAAACGCAGGUUGCGGUAACCAAGCAAUAAAACACGAUUCCCCAUUAUCUGUGAUACACGUAGAAAAUCGAGAGGAUGACCAGAAGACGCGUAGUAGAGAGUCAUCCCUCGUCAGCGUAGUCGAUCCUUAUCACCCAGCUUUGCAGCGUUCCACGCAACCACCGAGCGUUUCCUCCAGGAGGUCUUCUGGAGCCGAAACGGCGUACCAGAACUACGAAGACCAGUUCCUGAACUAUUCACUCAAAAACGGGUCGGACUCCAUCUCUACGAGGCGUCUAUCAGUCAGGCAAUCGCCUAGCACCCCCGACAAGAGCGCAGAAGCUACAGCAGAUCUACAGGCAACCAUUCCCGAGAUACCAGAGACGAUUCUGCAGAAAGAGGACGAGCAGAAGGAGCAGAGGCCGCAGAUAACCGCACAACAGAGAUGGUUGUGGGCCUACAACAAGAUUAUAAUGCAGCUGGACGUGAGUGACUCUUUGAUUCAUAUGAGAAGUUUUGACAAAAUGGAGAAAGUAGGAGAACUAGAGAAGGUAUACUCGUUAAUAAUUGGGGAUAAUACAUUUGGAAACGUUAUUGUAGUCAAGUUGAAAUUCAAAGAAAAUUACUACUUAUUUCGGUGGAAGUGA